GCAUGCUGAAUGACCUCGAGAAAGCUAAAGUGGAAACAGACUGAGACAUUGCGCCCUGGUGUGAUCUGAGUCCCCCUUUACUGAUGCAGUCUGAAUGGCUCCUAGAAGACAGGAAUCCUAAGGUGCUGAUGGAGAGACAGGGAGGCUUGACCCUUGACGAGAUGAUAGCAUCACACGAGUCGAGAAAACAGCGAUGGAGAGAAAAUGCUGAAAUUGAAGCGCAGGACGAUAGCAGUGAAGAGGAGAUGACGUCACAGAAACGUCAACGGCUUGAAAUUGAUAAGCCUAGCCACAUAGAUGAUAAGCCAUUUGGAACAUUAGAUAAACCCAAGUCCGGAGAGAAUAAGGAUCCUCACAUAAUUUAUGAAGAAAACAAUAAAGAAGAUGAUGACACUGUAAGGGACAUUGAUGGAAAAACUACUAGUAUGAAGGCUGAUCAAGAUAUUUGCGGUUCUAAAACCUCUCUUAAAGAUAAUGGGGAGGAAAACUUUCCUUUGAGAAUUGUCAUGAGAAAUUCUCAGUCCAAUGAUUAAUUUGAAAAAUAAGACGUUAAUCAGGAUUUUGUUGUAGAAUACAUUGAAAUUUAUGUGCAAGGAUUAAUGCUAUUGAGAAUUUUAAAACAUGGUUAUAAUGGAAUCGUGUUGAAAUACAAACUGAUUGAGAAAAUUUAUUUCAUUUUUAGAUUUACUGUACAUCAGGUUACGAUACUGACCAAUUUGAUAGAGAAUAUCUCACGACAAACACAGAGGUUAAUAAUGACACAUAUUACUCGAUGAUUUAUACUGCAAUAAGACAUGGACUCAAGCUGCUCAAGGUAAAGGAAAGGCAAAGUGUUAGAGAAGAACCUGGAUGAAAACUUUUACCAGUUGUAUGGUAGAAGGGUGAUAAUUGGUGAUCAUUACUUCAAUGUCAAGGCAAGUUGUUGGAAUUAGAGAGGAGAGCAUAGUGGAGAAGGUCAAGGUUAAUGGUGUUUAUGACACUGAGGUCAAUGUAUUGAGAAAGGGACAUUGAAAAGGUCAUGGCCUUAGAUGAAAAACAAGGUCAAUGUUGUUCAUCACUCUAAGGUCAAGGUCUGUUAUUCAAGUCAGAGUG